AUGCCUAGUGAAGUUGGAUAUUUGUACUUAAUUAUUUUGUCAUUGAUUUUGUCUCACUCUUCGUUACGUAGAUACUGUAUAGCAGAUGACAGGUUAGUUAAUGCCAUCGAAUUCCUGGAUCUUGGCAAUGGUGCUGGUUGGGAGCUGCUUCAGGCAAUGCUCAAUGCUGACUUCCGAAAGAGACCAACUGCGGAGGCUGUUCUCAGUCACAGGUUUAUGACUGGGGAAGUCCUUUGA